AUCCGCAUUCUACCAUCGUUAUCUUCCCGUGCUGGACGGAGACAUGUACCAGCCGUUGAUUCCUACUCGAAUAUAUUUGAAUCAAAAUUAGAUGAAUUAAGCAAAAAGUUUGGUAUAUUCGAAAAUAAUAUGGAAAAAACACAACUCAAUAUGGACAAACAGUUCAAAGAACUACGAACAUCGUACAGUGUUUUGAGAACAGUACCACGCAUCGAUAAUCAUACUAAGCUGUUGGAAUCAAGUCUACAUACGUUAGACUCCACAUUGACAGGUGUGAAAGCAGAUGGUCAAAACAUCAAAGAUCGCGUGAACAAAUUAUAUGAAAAAAUUGCAUCGUUGGAUACGGCAACUAGAAAUAAUAGCGACAGUCUACAAGCACGGACAACAAGUCAAUUUACAGAAGUUAAAACUUUAAUAAGAACCAUUGAAAGCAAUGUAGAAAAAUUGCGAUUAAACACAGACAGACAAUUGGCAGAACUUCAAUCAUCGGAUUCUAUGGUUAAAAAUGAUAUUGAAAAGUUAACAAUGCAUACGAGUUACGCUUCACCAUCUGUAGGCGAAAUAAGACUUUAUUCUGGCAGAGAAUUAACACUGCCACGCAAUUGGACAUUCUGUCGAGGCCAAGAGCUGUCUCGCACCACUUAUCACAAGUUGUUUUAUGUCAUCGGAAGGGACCCGUCAGUGAUUCGAGCAGACUAUGCCUUCGAAACAGGUACUGCUGGUGGACAUGCAGUACAUACGUUAACAACAGUUCAGCUACCAACACAUCAUCAUGGAUCUGGGUCGUUGAAAACUGAGAUGAGUGGAUCACAUACACAUGGCAUAAAGGACCCAGGGCAUGCACACAGUCUGCGUUAUGAUGAGCGUGGCUAUUUUUCUGGGAAGAAAGAUUGGGUUAAAAAUAUCCACUAUCCGCAUAGCUCUGCUGUCCAGCUCCCAACUUCUACAACUUAUACAGGCAUUGAAGUGUAUGCGGCUGGUAGUCAUACACACACAUUAACAGGAAAUACGGAGUCAACAGGAAAUGGAAGUUCAUUUUCUUUACUGAAUCCAUAUCAAAUAUUGGAAUACAUUAUUUACACUGGUGAUUAUGUUGGUCAUAACAUAAAAGAUGACGUCGAGCGUGUUUUUGAUUUCGGCAGUGAUACACAGUCUCACACAACCGCAGACGACGGUCUUGUGGUUCUUGCCGACUCGAACAGUGAAAGUGAAGAAGCUGACACUCUUGUUUCGAUCACAUCAGCCAAGCCUAACAAUAUUCGCAUGUGUGAUAAUUGUUAUGAUGGCUCAACUAACUGUUGUGACACAUGCGACGAUGUUAUCAAAAUCUACAAAAAGAAUAAUUGGGCUUAUAACAAAAGCAAGUUGCGUCAGCGUAACACGAAAUAA